GUUGACGUAGACCGAAUACUUUGAUCUGAUUGGCUGAUUUUCAUUGUGGACCCACCCUCGCGCUGACAUUUGAAAAACCUCUCGUCGAAGAACGGUGGCGUUCUGUGGAGCUGAACAAAAAAAGGCAACAGGAUAAAACAUGGCUCCCGCGAGAAAGACCACCAGAAAUCGAAAAGUCGAUCUAAACAAACAGGCUAAACUCGCCGCCUUCUUGGAGGACUUCGACAGCGAAGUCUUGACACGACUUGGUCAGAUGGAAGAGAGGCUGAAGCAGCUGCUCAAGGACAUUGACAUUGUCUUUGAAAUGGAGGCGCUCAAACUACCAAGAGCUGUCAGGGUGAUGAACUGGCUGCAUUGGUGGAAUGAGCCAAAGCCCAAAAUUGUAGAGGAACCUGAUGCAAAGCAGAAAGCAGAGACGGCCGCCAUCAUCGAGAGUGUUGCUGCGGAGGAUCAUGCCGCCAUGCUGAAGUCACUGAAGAAAUCAACCAGGAAAAGGCGCACUGCUGCCGAUGAGAAUGCUGCCCCAGCGACGCAGAGGAAAACCAGAGCACGACCUCCGGUCUCAAAGAAGACAAAGACCCUGACGGCCAACAAGCGGAACUCUCACUUAAAAACCCCGAGCAGCAACCUGUUGAAUACCAAAAACAUGAUGGACUCCUCGAUGAUGGGUCCGACUCCACUUUUCACGCCACGUUUUGACUCCAGGCUUCUGAAAACUCCUGUUUUCCGUGUUCCUCGCCACAAAGAGAGAGUCUACAGCAUCUCCGUCAAUGGCUCUCCCAUUGAAUCGGCCAACGAGGACAUCGUCAUCAACAUCCCUGUCGGCAAUGGCGAGAGAAUGCAGCUACUGGCCAGUCAGAUUCAGUCAGGCGACCUCUCAAACUUGGACGAAACAGCCCUCAGGAGUAUCAAGCAACUCAAGAGUCGUCUGGCGACACUGUGCUGAACAGCAGGUGCAGUGUGUGUGUCAGUGGUGACGUCUUACACCGCAGUUCAACACCUAGUUACUAAAGUUUUCUUUUACCCGAAGAGUUGAGUUUUAUAUUACGUGGUGUCAUCAAUUCUUUUUCAUGCUUUUUCUUGUGUUUUAAAUGUCGUUUUUGAGAUGUAACGCCAUUUACUUCAGAAUUGUGAGUAAACUGUUCACUGUGGAUCAGCUUGUCUUC